AUGCAGAGUGAGAUCAGUGAGACGCAGAGUGAGAUCAGUGAGACGCAGAGUGAGAUCAGUGAAACGCAGAGUGAGAUCAGUGAGACGCAGAGUGAGAUCAGUGAGACGCAGAGUGAGAUCAGUGAGACGCAGAGUGAGAUCAGUGAGACGCAGAAGGAGGAGGUCUGCUGGACGGAGAAAGAGGGUCUGUGGCUGAACCAUGUCGUGAAAGAGGAGGAGGAAGAGGAGGCUGUUACAAUACAACAACAAGUAGAGGGUGAGACUGUUGCCGUGAAAGAGGAAGAGAAAGACGUUUCAGUUAAAGACGAGGAAGACGAGUUCAGAGAUGCAGUGUUUGGAGUGAAGGAGGAGGAGGAGGGAGAGAUAACUGGUACGUUGGUGGAAGAGGAGGAGACCGGAGACCUGAUUAACUCCAAGAGAACUCCGGUGCGCUCUGCAGUGCGUUCCUGUCCGCUUUGCCCUAAGGUUGUGGUCGGCUUCAGUCAGCACCUGAGGCACACGCACAAUGUGAGGAACACGGAGGAGAGGAUCCUCCUUUGUAAUUGGCAGUCGGGCCGUGUCAACAUCAGGCAGGAGCCGUGCCCAGUGACAGGAUGCUCCACCCAUGUCAGCAGGCUGGACCGGCACAUGGAGUCGCACACAGAGCUCGACAGAUCGCAGAGGAGACGGGCUUUAGAGGAACUCAGGAGACGGCUGACCAUGGAGCGGCUGGCCACGUUGAGGGCGUCCAACCCUGUCGUCCCGCUGGCCACCCAUUUGGAUAUUGUGGAGUGGGAAACAAAGCAGGAAGAGGAGGACGACUCUUUAGAUUCACUGCUGUCUCCUUUGGAAGAGGAGGAGGAGGACGUGAGCUGCGGAGAUUAUUCCUGCCACUGCCAGGUGCCCAUCCUGAGGCUACGGAAAGCUUUGCAAGAGCGGGAUGAGGCCCUGACCAAGAGAAGUGCGACCAUCCAAUCCGUUAGAGAGGACAACCUGAAGCUGACCUCGGAACUGAAUAGAGCGAGGAAGAGGUAUCAGCUACUGAAAAGGCAGAAGACGAGUGUCAGCGCGAGGUCGGCAAACGCAAGGUCAGCGAAGACGAGGUCAGCGAAGAGGUCCAGGUUUCAGACCGAGCCAUCUCGUCCUGCGUCAGACACAGAACAAGAGGAGCUACAGCGGGACCAAGUCGUGGGUUCAGGAGCCCAGAUAGAGGAGGCCACGGCGCUCAGAUCUAGCAGCCAAACUCCCUUCCCGGGCUCUGCUCUGAGUGUGUUUAUAGAGGGGUUCAGGAAGAUCUGUGAAGGCCCCAGUCCAAACAAUAAGCUGAAGCAAAAUUGUGCCGUGAAGCUCAAGAUGGUGCAACAAUUUUUGAAGUUCAUGGCGAAGGAUGAGAAAUAUCCAUCCCCUCUCAGUUUCCUGGCAGACCGGGACAACAUGAGGAGAUGGUUUCAGACCCUUCAGCAGAACAAGGCCGUCGCCAUGGUCAACCACUACACCUCAACUAUCGGUGCAUUUCUCCAGUACUCCGAGGAGACCCCUCCGCCUGGCUGCCGGCUGACCAAAAACCACUGGAAGGAGAUCAACCGGGCAAUGAAGGAGAUCAACAAGGCCGUGAAAGGAGCCGUCUCCAACAAGGAAGGCAAGGGGGUGUCUAUAAAGAGCCUGCUGGAGUGCCAGUCUCUUGCCAAGGACAAGAUCCCCCAAGUGCUGAAAACCUUGGCAGAAACAAUGACACAGAGGAACCAGAACCGGUUUUACGGAUUCCUGUGUGCCUAUUUCACCUCCAUGUACGGCCACAGCCCGGGCCUUUAUAGAAACAUGAUGGUGAAGGAGGUGGAGGAGGUCCAGUGGGGCCUGUCUGGGACUUGUCUGAUCAACGUGGGAAACGCAAAACAAAUGCAAACCAGGAUCCAGAUGUCGCUGACCAAAGAGGAGUACUCUUGGUUUUCAGACUUCCUGAAAUUCAAGCACUGCCUGCCAGGGGGAAAGAAAGCCCAGUACUUCUUUUUCAAUUCCACCAACACUGAGAUCAAGAACCUGCCCGUCUACCUGAGGGAGGCGUGGAAGGAGAUGGGCCUGCCUGGAAGCCCUACCUUCACUGACCUGCGGACUUCCAUCUUCAGUCAUGUUAAAAACGUUGUCCCGAAUGCCGACGGGGAAACGUUGUCCGACUUCGUGCGCCACGACAGCCGGACGGAAGCCAAACGUUACGCGGUGAAUCCUUCCAACGCCGGUGAAACCAGCGCCUUCCUGGAGAAGGCGGUGAAGGGAGAAGAUACCGCACCGCGGGCGCCGCAGAGAACCAGCCAUCCACCUCCAGAAAGCAGGAGACGAGAGAGGACGUCUCCGAGCGGAGCACCACCCCUGAAGAGACCGAGGUGCAGUACUAGGAGUCUGGCACGUCCGCCGGGGAGGAGGAGCAGGAACGGACGGCCAGACAAAAAAUAAGAUAUUCAGAGACAACGCAUCAGAUUACACUUGUACACCGUUUAACACUCAAGAACAAACAGAUACUCGGGCAUGGUGGUCUCCUCCAACUGAAGGGCAUGGUGGUCUCCUAUAACUGAAGAGCAUGUUGCUGCUCGCCUCCCACUGUGUCAGGUUAUGAAGCAGCUGAGGUCCAUUUAAAGCCCCAAACAGACUCCAGGAGAAAGAAGGACGAGGAAAGACUUCUGACAGUCAGUUGGAAGAGGGGGGUUGACUUCUGACAGUCAGGUGGAAGAGGGGGGUUGACCUCUGACAGUCAGGUGGAAGAGGGAGGUUGACCUCUGACAGUCAGGUGGAAGAGGGGGGUUGACCUCUGACAGUCAGGUGGAAGGAGGGGAGCUGUCUUCUGAAGAAUGUUCGACUUUCUCACAUGUAUACACACCACUCAGACACACUCAGACAGACACACCACUCAGGCACACUCAGACACCACACUCAGACACACCACUCAGACACCAUUUUCAGACACCAUACUCAGACACACCACUCAGACACACCACUCAGACACACCACUCAGACACACCACUCACACACCCAUUAUUAAAAGUCAUUUAAUGUCAUUUCAUUUGAUUUCUCGUUUAGAUUCAAUAAAAUAUUGUUACUAGUU